AUGAAUCUGAGGAGGAUAUGCCAUUGAUAGCCCUACUCUCACACGAUUCUUCACCUUGCACUUUAUCCUACCCUUCAUCAUCAUCGCCCUCACAGCCGUACACUUACUAUUCCUACACGAAACAGGAUCAAACAACCCUUGCGGAAUUUCCUCCGACUCGGACAAAAUCGCCUUCCACCCCUACUACACAAUCAAAGACAUCCUAGGUCUAAUUCUCCUCCUCUUUAUCCUAGCAACACUAACACUACUCUCACCCAACCUCCUAAACGACCCAGACAACUACACUCCAGCCGACCCACUAAACACUCCCCCACAUAUCAAACCAGAAUGAUACUUCCUAUUUGCAUACACAAUCCUACGAUCUAUCCCCAACAAACUGGGAGGCGUACUAGCACUAUUCCUAUCAAUCCUCAUCUUAGCAGCCAUCCCCAUACUUCACAAAUCCAAACAACAAAGUAUAAUAUUCCGCCCACUCAGCCAAUUCCUAUUCUGACUCCUAAUCACAAUCCUACUGACCCUUACCUGAAUUGGAAGCCAACCGGUAACCCAACCCCUCAUCACUAUCGGCCAAGUAGCAUCCAUAAUAUACUUCAUUACAAUUCUAAUCCUAAUACCACUGGCUUCCCUAAUUGAAAACAACCUACUCAAAUGAACUUGCCCUCGUAGUAUAAACUAAUACACUGGCCUUGUAAACCAGAAAUGAACACCCUUCCUAGGGCAAUCAAAAAGAAAGCAUCUAGCUCCACCACCAACACCCAAAGCUGGUAUUCUAACUUAAACUACUUUCUGCAUUCUUAUGUUGUAUAAACUUCAUAAGAUAACCCUAAUAUCAACCUACUCACAAUAUUACUAUGUAAUUCGUGCAUUACUGCUAGCCAGCAUGUAUAAUAUAUAGUACUAUAUAUGCUUGACUGUACAUAA